UCUAGGACCUAUUUCAACAGCCAGCAGUUAUGGGCAUCUCCGAAAACUGGUCAUCAUUCGUCAACAUGACAAAAGCCAAAGCUGACUCGCACGGCAAAGUGGCACAAUAUUGGGACAGCACCCAUAACAUUAUGAGUCUAUCUUUGAUCGUGCUUUCUGCGAUGACGACCCUCUCAACCCUUCUUCCUAUCACCCAUUACAUACCAGCCACUUUGGGAGCCAUCACUACUUUAUUAUCUGCAGUAGCUGGGUCUAUGUCUCCUAGCACCCGGAGGCAACAGCAGAUGGAGUCAAGCAAGGGUUUUAGAUCACUGAUGUUGAAGAUGGUCAGGGUUGAAACAGAGAGAGAAUACGAGGAACUAUGGAAGGAAUACAACAAGGAAUUACUCGGAGAACCUUUCUUGCCUGCCAAGUAUAGGGUGAAAGAGGGCACCAACUUCACCAUGACACCCGAGUUUACUAUAAUCGUGAAGCAGAAAGAAAAUGAGGUCGAGGAGAUGAUUGAGGAGCUAGAGGGUUCAGAAGCUGGUGAUGAGGUAAAUCCUGAUGAGGUAAAACCUGAUGAGGUAAAACCUGAUGAGGUAAAACCUGUCCUGCCUGAACCUCAAAAUGAAGCACCCCAGGAGGCUGAUAAAAAACCCGGGAACAGUGAAGAAGUAGGAGACGAUGUAAAGUUGCUGCAUCAAGUUUAGCUGUAUAACUAUAAGGCAGGACGAAGACGAUUGGAGACAAUUUCAAACAAAUUUUUAAUCUUUGGUUUGUAAUUUUAUCCUAGGAAUUAAGUAUGGGUUUAUUUAUUUAUUGAUUUUUUCCCUAUGGGUAUAAAUCAAGAGGCUUGCAUAUAAUGAACAUAUUGACAUGGGUGCAGAGUUGAGUCUGUACGGAACCUAGUAGUUUCAGUUCCUUGUUUAACUUGCCGUACAGCAAGGACAUCCACUACUUUAGCCCGGCUACCAAAAUGGUGAAAUUUUCACAUUUUGGUAUUUUGCUUUUCAUCAUAAUCGGGAUCCAAAGGUAAA